UACAGAGGAAAGGAAGCUCACAGCAUCUCUGAUUUCUAAGCACUAACUUUAUUUAUUGCCGUUUUAACCCUAAACAUUUUCUUGUUCAUCGAUAAAUAUUUUUUUUCAAAUUGAUAUCUUUUUAUGGUUUAUGUUAAAUGUUUAGUGGGAUAUUGUUCCCAAACAUAUAAAUUCCUUCUUGCGCUAAUUUAGCUUAAUAGUUUAUUUAUUCUUUUUUUUUUAUUGUAUUUAUUUUUAGAUAACAUGUAGUUUUUUUUAAUAUAUAUGCAUGUAUUUCAAUAAGUCUAAAACGCUAUAGAACAAGACUACGUCAUAAAUUCUAACAUUUAUUAGCAAAUAAACAUAACUUUUAUACUUUUUUAAAGCGAAUUCCUAAUUCAUUGCAUUUUUAUAUAUUUAUUUACGCAGUUUUCUGUAUAUUUAACUCCCGAAUCUGGAGUAAAGUAUAUCAUAUUUGUAAAGCAUUCUGUAGAUUUUAAAAGUCAUUUUACAUUGAUUUUAUUUUUUUAAUCGAUAAUAAUUACCGGAGUUCAAGAAAAUAUUUAUUAAUUUCUUUAUAUAUAUAUACUUUAUUUGUUAUGUAAAACUUUUUUAAAAACAUUUAUUUGUGUGAAAAAUGGAUUUUUCAUUUUUUAAACUACCUGGAUUUUUUCUGUACAUAAUUUAUCUUGGAAAUUUGGGCAAAAUCAUCGCUGCACCAUCAAAAAGGUGCAACAAAAGCAAUGAAUAUUUUGAAGAAGUUGUGAAUCGUUGCUGUACAAAUUGCCAACCAGGUUCCUAUAUGAAGCAUCGCUGCUCUGUCUUCAAUGACACUGUGUGUGCUCCCUGCCAGAAGGAUCACUACACUGAUAUCUGGCACCACAGCUCUGAGUGUGAGCGCUGCAAACAGGACUGUAAACAAGAGAACGGUUUAGUUGUGGUGCAGAGCUGUUCCAGCAGCAGUCAGUUAGUCUGUGAUUGUAAACCAGGCCACUCCUGUGAAAUAUUCACUCCUAGUGGCUCCUGCCUCAGCUGCGCUCCAAACACAGGUAACCAGGUGACCACUUCCCCUCCUGAAAAAACAACUUCCUGUGGACCUGGUACAUUCUUAAAUGGGUCUUCCGGCAUGUGUCAACAGCGUAAAAACUGUGUGGCGCUGGGGAAAGAGCUGGCCAUCGAAGGCAAUGCUACAGAAGACACUGUCUGCAUACAGAAGGAAAAACAAAAACCAGAUCGAUUUCCAGAUUUUGCCGUGCUAGUCACUGUCGUGGGGGCCGGCGUUAUGAUUUUUCUGGGGGUGAUCGCAAUGUUAUUAUCAAAGAAAAUUAAACUCCUUGGAUUCAAACGAGUUUUCAAAUCAUGCAAAACAAAAGAGAAAGAGGUUAUUAAUGGCAUUGCACACGUCCAGGAGACUCAAACAGAUGGCAAGCUCUUAGCCAAUGGGACGCCAACAGAGAGCUUGCAGAAGGACCGCCCCCAAGCAGGGCCUGAGGGAGGUGAUUGGUCCAGAGUGGCCUCACCACAAACAGCCAAUCAGAGGGCAGAGAGCCAGCCUGCCAGAAACAACAUGCCCACAGAUCCAACCAAUGGACUGCUAGGUCCUCUACAUAUCUAUAGCCCAGGCACAGUGUUUGUGGGGUUGAUAAACAAUGUCCCAGGGCACUCUUGUGAGUCGAGGCAGGGAGGGGCCACUCAGGGGGACAGCCUGGGAGACAUGCUUCGAUUCCCUCAGCAAGAGCAGGGGCUGCUAAGCAUGGGAGAGGGGCCCCCCCUGCAGGAGGAGGGCAAGGAGAGCCACCUGUCCAGAGAGGAGGGGCAGGGCUAGAGACAAGAACAACAAAAAAUUUUUUUACUGAAAGAAGAAAAAAACACACCAAUUACAAAGGCGGUAUUUUUUUCAUGGAUUUGACGAUGUGAAAUAAGCCAUUAUUUUUUACCGUGAAAAAAAUACAGCCCCACAGAUCAGUAAGCUAAGAAAGUAAUUCCAUGUCUUACCUGUUUUGAAUUUCCAUUAACUAAACAGCUCUCAGAUUAUAGUUAUAGCAAACAUGUCAUUUCAUUUUAUGAACCUGAUAUCGGGUGCUGCUUUAGAUUUAAUAAUCUGUACACUUACAAACCCUGGGUCAUUUCAGCACAGCAUGUCAGUCACUGGAGUUUGAACAAUGACACAGGAAGUGAUUAGGUACCAGGAAGCAGCAGCUACUUUCCACCUGUAGUGUUUUCUUUGAGAUAAAAAAAACAACAAAAUAACCAAGAGAAAUGUAUUUUAAAAGUAAACUAACACAGACAGCAAGAAUGAAUUGUAUUGUAGUGUCAAACUGAACAGGAUUGUGAGGCAAUGUCUGUCUGUCUGGAAUUCUAAACAAGUUAGUAAGUAAAAAUAUUACUUGGUUAUACUAAAAUUGUAAAUAUUAGUAUUUUGAAAUGAUAAAUGUAUAUUUUUUAUAUAAGGUUUUGCUCAAGAGAGCCAACUU